AUGAGGGGAAAAAAACAAAAUAAAACAAAAAGGACACAACAGUGUGUCAUCAAUUAAAGAAAUAUGUCCUUGUACUCAUAAAAAAAGGUAUUUCUAUCGCCAGUCAGCUCAGUCUGGGACCUCCUAAACCCCUGUUUCCCCUCCGUACAGUUUCACUUAGAGCUUUAGGAAAGUAAUCCACAAGGGGCGCCAUUUGUCCACAAAGAUAUCAGCCUUUCCAUCUGUAAAACUCAAAAUUUCUUUGUAAACUUUGUUAUUUCUAUUAUUCUUGAGUUGAGCCCUACACUGCUACAACAAAAGUUCUGGUUUUAAAACUCAGGGAUAAAAUGAAUGUCUUGUUUGCCGGCUGACAUUUCGAUCCUCUGAGUUCUCUUUCCUCUGACUCAUGUGCUGAUAUUACAGCUGGUGGAGAGUCUGACUGGUCGGCAGCCUCGUUAACAUUUGAGUCACAUUGUGUCAUUAACAGUUCUUCACAGCAGAGCGGCCUCAUGUUGUGAUCAGGACACCUACAGCGCUCCUGCAGCUAAUCAUGACUGUCACAAAUAUGAACGUUACUUCUACAUUUACUUAUGUUACUUCUUAUGCGCCCAAUAUUUCACAUUUAAAGUUACGUUUACAUGAGCGUCAUUCAACCCAAGAGUCAGCUGUUAGAGGUUUUUGUUGGCCAUGUUCAUGUCCUCAUGGUUAAUAAUGACCUUAUCCAGUCUGGUGACACCUCUCUUCAUAACCUCCACCUCUUCAUCCCCUCACCUUCGCGUUUCUCCGCCAAUCACAUGCUUUUCUUGGCCUGAGGAUGAGGAGGAUUUGGAGAUGAAGAGGUCUAUUUAUCAGCGCAACACGUCCUACUCAAACAGUGUUAACACUCCACUCCUCCACUGUCACUUCAUCAUUGUUUUGUUGUACCCAGGCAGCAUUUCUACAUCAUCUUCAGGGUGGAGAGGAGGUUCAUUGUUUGAAGUGGAGAUGCUUCACCGUCAGUUUCAGUUGUUUCUCGUGGUGUUUUUUCCGUCUUUGCUCUUGUUGGAGAUCAGCGCCGUUCCUCGACCAGACAUGCUAAUGGGAACGCUGAGAGGAGACUUCUCAGACGACAAGGUUAGUGACCAAUACUUCACAUUCACGAUCACAACAGCAUUUCCUUUCUUAUUUCUGUCUGAAGAGCUUUUUUUGUUGGUAUUCCUUCAUGCCCCUCUCCAGGAUCUGGCUCCUUUCCUCUUGCUGAAGUUCAUGUCUGGACUCAUGGCAACCAGAGGCGACGAGAUGCUCCCGGAGCAAGAGGAGGUGCUGCGGCGGCAUCUUCCCCUCGCCUCUUACAGAGAGCGCAAAGCAGGCUGCCGACACUUCUUCUGGAAGACGUUCACCUCAUGUUAAAGGAAAAAAAUGUUUUGUCAUCUAUGUUUGCUCACUUAAUGGUGCAAAAUACUCAGGUGUUUUGUUGAUCCUAAACAGUAAAAUGCUGUUUUUACCAAGACCGGCAGGGAUGUCACAGUGUGUGAAAUAAAAUGCUCUUAUUUUGAAAACACUGUUCACCAAUGAUUCCACUGAUUUAUUUAUUUUUUAUGCUCCAGAAUUUAUUUUCAUUAAGAUUCUAAAACUAACACAAGAUGCAUUUAAAACAGUGAAGCAGUAGACUUCAUGUCUAGCAAGAGCCUUCAUUUCCCAUAAUGCAAAGACCUGCCUGGUCUAUGCUUGAUAAGCUUCAUCUGCUCUGUAGGGUUUUUCUGCAGCAAGUCAUCAAAUAGUGUAGGGAUCAUGGGAGAUGUUGUCUUUUUGCGAGUAGACAUUUGUGUAACAGAGUCUAAUAGAGAUUUGUGUGCACUGAAAGAUUACCACUGUAAUGAUAUUUUGUUUGUAACGAUUCAAAGAGGUGGUAUAUUGCUUUUUUCAUAUUAUGUCAAGAUAAAAUGUUAGACAUCAGUAAGCUAUUUAGAGGUGGGGUUGGCAGGAAUCC